GGUGACCUGUGCGCAUGUGCAGCCGCUGGGUCAGGCUCUGGCUUGGAGCUGGGGAGGGGGGGGGGAUCGGGCUGCAUAAUGAGGAGGACCGGGUUUUUUCUGGAUGCCCCCUUCCGGCUCCGGGAAGCGGCGGGACGUUGGUGCUCCCCCGAGCAGGCGCGACGCUAAUCGAGGGCCACCCGGGCCCGGGCGCCCUGACGUGGACACCCUUGGUUCCGGUCUCCGAGUUCUCUCCGAGGGGGCCGAGGUCCGGCCUGUGGAGGCCGAGGGAGGGAGACAGAGUGACUUCCGUUUCCUUCUCCUAGGCCGCGGCCCGCUGCCCCGCCGAGUUGUGUUUUCCUGAUCCGGCGCGGGCUGCCCCUCCUCCGGGACCCUCCCCUCGGGAACGGUCGCCCACGGCGGUUUGGACAGGCUUACUUGGCGCGACUGUUCCUUGACCAACAGAAGUUGUUCUUAAGCCAUUAUCUGCCUGGCACUUUUGGAAAAGGUGGACAAGUCUUAUUUUCAAGAGAAGAUGACUUUUAACAGUUUUGAAGGCUCUAGAACUUGUGUACCUGCAGACACCAAUAAGGAUGAAGAAUUUGUAGAAGAGUUUACUAGAUUAAAAACGUUUGCUACCUUUCCGAGUAGUAGUCCUGUCUCAGCAUCAACAUUGGCACGAGCAGGGUUUCUUUAUACUGGUGAAGGGGAUACUGUGCAGUGCUUUAGUUGUCACGCGACAGUAGAUAGAUGGCAGUAUGGAGACUCAGCUGUUGGAAGACACAGGAAAAUAUCCCCAAAUUGCAGAUUUAUCAAUGGUUUUUAUUUUGAAAACAGUGCCACACAGUCUACAAAUCCUGGUAUCCAAAAUGGCCAGUACAAAGCUGAAAACUAUGUGGGAAACAGAAGUCAUUUUGCUCUUGACAGGCCAUCUGAGACUCAUGCAGAUUAUCUUCUGAGAACUGGACAGGUUGUAGAUAUUUCAGAUACCAUAUACCCGAGGAACCCUGCCAUGUGUAGUGAAGAAGCCAGAUUGAAGUCAUUUCAGAACUGGCCAGACUAUGCCCAUUUAACCCCCAGAGAGUUAGCUAAUGCUGGCCUCUACUACACAGGGAUUGAUGAUCAAGUGCAGUGUUUUUGUUGUGGUGGAAAACUGAAAAAUUGGGAACCCUGUGAUCGUGCCUGGUCAGAACACAGGAGGCACUUUCCUAAUUGCUUCUUUGUAUUGGGCCGGAAUGGUAAUGUUCGAAGUGAAUCUGAUGUGAGUUCUGAUAGGAAUUUCCCAAAUUCAACAAAUUCUGCAAGAAAUCCAGCCAUGGCAGAAUAUGAAGCACGGAUCAUUACUUUUGGAACAUGGAUAUACUCAGUUAACAAGGAGCAGCUUGCAAGAGCUGGAUUUUAUGCUUUAGGUGAAGGUGAUAAAGUGAAGUGCUUUCACUGUGGAGGAGGGCUCACAGAUUGGAAGCCAAGUGAAGACCCUUGGGAACAGCAUGCUAAGUGGUAUCCAGGGUGUAAAUAUCUAUUGGAUGAGAAGGGGCAAGAAUAUAUAAAUAAUAUUCAUUUAACCCAUUCACUUGGGGAAUCUUUGGUAAGAACUGCUGAAAAAACACCUUCACUAACUAAAAAAAUUGAUGACACCAUCUUCCAGAAUCCUAUGGUACAAGAAGCUAUACGAAUGGGAUUUAGUUUCAGGGACAUUAAGAAAACAAUGGAAGAAAAAAUCCAAACAUCUGGGAGCAGCUAUCUAUCACUUGAGGUUCUGAUUGCAGAUCUAGUGAGUGCUCAGAAAGAUAAUACACAGGAUGAGUCAAGUCAGACUUCAUUGCAGAAAGACAUUAGUACUGAAGAGCAGCUAAGACGCCUGCAAGAAGAGAAGCUUUGCAAAAUCUGCAUGGAUAAAAAUAUUGCUGUAGUUUUUGUUCCUUGUGGGCAUCUGGUCACUUGUAAACAAUGUGCCGAAGCAGUUGACAAAUGUCCCAUGUGCUACACAAUCAUUACGUUCAAGCAAAAAAUUUUUAUGUCUUAAUUCAGAGCCACAGUAGGCAUGUUAUGUUCUUCUUACUCUAAUUGAAUGUGUGAUGUGAGCAAACUUUAAGUAAUCAGCAUUGCAUUCCAUUAGCAUCUGCUUCCAAGUGGAAACAAAUGUUAACAGCACUGUUGCAGUCUCAACUUUGAAUUUCUAGAUCUUUCAGGUUAUUAGCUAUAUUGUUUAUCCAAUUUUUUACUCAAUUGAAACCUCGGACAAAGAAGCAUUUAAUAUUGUAACUUUUCGCCUUAUGUAUUUGUAGUACACUGACUUGAUUUUUAUGUGUAAGUGAAUUAAUCACCUGCAUUUUUCAUUCCUUUUGGAUAAGCUUAACAAAUGGAGUGUUCUGUAUAAGCAGGGAGAUUUGAGUUAAUCUACCCAAUCACUUAAUUUGUUUAUUGUGAAUAUGGAAUGAACUGUUCCACACUGGUGGGAGGAUAAACAUUGUCUUUAGAUGUUUGUUUCUGUGUUUUAUGAUUCUGUCUGUUUCCUUUCAAAAUUAUAAAUGUACUUGUGUGAAUGAUUUUUUUCCAAGUGGUUUUGCCAUCUCCCAAAAGAUAUUUAAUGGUAGACUACUAUCUAACCAGCAUAUACUAACAUGGAAAGACAACAAAGAUAUAGUAAGUGUAAAAUACAAAUGGCAAAACACUAUGUAUAGUUUGAGCCAAAUCAAGGUGUGUGAGUUUUAUAUCUGUAUAGGACAAAAGAGAUUUGGAAAGAUAUGCAUCACACUAUUAAAUAUGUUUUUUUUUUCUUGAGGGGGGUGGGGGCAUGGGUCUUAGAGGGGAUUAUAGGAGCCCUUCUCUCUUCUUUUCAUUUUAUUCUGUUUGAAGUUUAUAUAAGUAUGUAUUACUUUUAUAUAAUCAGAAUUUUUAGGAAAUAUUUUACUGAUUUAAAGGCUUAGGCAUGUUCAAACGUCUGCAAAACUACUUAUCACUCAGUUUUAGUUUUUAUAAUCCAAGAAAGCAGGCCAGUUAAACUUUCUGGUGCCAAUGUGAAGUUUAAAUAUUUUUGUUUUACCUGCUUUGUGGAUGAAAAAUAUUUCUGAGUGGUAGUUUUCUGACAGGUAGAUCAUGUCUUCUUAUCUUGUUUCAAAAUAAAUAUUUCUGAUUUUGUAAAAUGAAAUAUAAAAUAUGUCUCAGAUCUUCCAAUUAAUUAGUAAGGAUUCAUCCUUAAUCCUUGCUAGUUUAAGCCUGCCUAAGUCACUUUACUAAAAGAUCUUUGUUAACCCAGUAUUUUAAACAUCUGUCUGCUUAUGUAGGUAAAAGUAGAAGCAUGUUUGUAUACUGCUUGUAGUUUUAGUGGCAGCUUUCCUUGUUGAGAUUCUCAUGUCAGUUUGUGUCUUCAAAGUUUCAUGUGAGUUUUUACUGUUAGGUGAAUUAAGAUGUAUAUAGUACAGAAUGGUAAGUCUUUAUGUUUGUUUGUUUCUUGACUAGUAAUGGUAGUAAAUACUUUUAAAAUAUUUUCUCAAGAUCCUUAAAGCCUCUUGGAAAUUGUAACAUACUGACAAGAGUAGUUGUUUAAAUAUUUUUUAACAACUUGUGUAAGAGUCAAUAUGAAUAAAAUCAAGCUAAAAUGCUUCAUAGAACGCAGGAUUUACCUUAAACGAUUAUCAUUAUAGACCUCUUAUAGAGACUGGUCUAUUUUACUACAGAGAACAGUUUGGGAGUGAAACUGUUACAGUUUAGACUUUUUGUUGUAUUUUCUAAGAGAAAGAGUAUUGUUAGGUUCUCCUGACAUCUGUUGACUACUAUGGUAAGUGAUGUUAUUUUAAUUGCAAAUUUAAAUAGAAAUUAACAGAAUUAAGUACAUGACUUCUCUCUCUCUCUCUCUCUCUCUCUCUCUCUCUCUCUCUCUCUCACUCUCACUCUCACUCUCACUCUCACUCUCACUCUCUCACUCACUCACUCACUCACUCAAAUCUUUAGUUCCUUCCAUUGUCUCCUACUUAGGUCCAGUUAGGUAGUCAUUAAGUUGAAUUUGAUCUAAAUUGACUAAGAUUUAAAUUUACAUUUAAAGCAUUCUACAAGGGGAAGAAAUGUUUUAUAAGAUACUUCAGGUACAAGUCAUGUAGGUAGUUUGUUUAAUUGUUAUCCAAGGAUUCAAGGACUGAAUUGUUUUUGAAUAAGGCUUUUCUUGUUGUGGGAGCCUCAGUUCAUCAAAACUCUCUUUUUAAAACUUGUGUGCUGAGAGUUAAGCAAGACCUCUUUUUUUGUCUUCAUGAGUUGCGAAAUUGAAUUCAUGAAGCUGAUGUGGCUAACAAGUUUAUUUUAAGAAUUGUUUGGAAAAUGCUGUUGCUUCGGGUUCUUAAAAUUACAGCACUCCAACUCUAAUCAAAUUGUUGGAGACUUACCAGAGUUGGUCUGAGCUCACACUAAAACAAAACAAAACAAAAUACUAGAUCCUUUCCAAUAUAGCUGUGUAAAAGAUUGGUCACUUAGAAGGUCAAAAUACAACCAGAUCCAAAUCACCCCCGAGAGUUCUCUAUCUGUGUUGAUGUUCUUUUCUGUAUAAAGUUCACUGUAGGAUUUUGAAGUAACCAUCUAUUUUGCUACAUAUUAGUCGUGUGAAGUUUGAAGUUAUUUUGUAAUAGUUAAUUUUAUUUGUAAUUCACUGUUGUUGAAAAUGUUUGUGUUUGGCAUUUAUUAAAUAAAUACAGUUUAUUUGAUUAACAGCUUAGCAUUCCCUUUCCUGCUAGAUCUUGCCUCUUCCUUUGAUUAGAGGUAGAGGUGAGGUGAGUGUAGUAAGUGAAUAUAAUGUGAUUUGGCCAUAUUGUUAUGACAUUUUGUUGUUUUGUUAUUUACAAUGUAUGGGUUUUUUUUUCUGUUUUCAUUUUAGUAAGGUAAAAUUUCUAUCUUGAGCUCUCUGCAUGGAAACUACCACCCCAGCAUUAGCUGCAUGUAUUUUUCCCAUUAGACCUAAAUCAUGAAAUAGAUUGUAUGUCGUUGCUAUUAGAGAAAUAAGAAAAUGGAGAAAUAUCUGACAGAUAGCAUUUUAGUCAAAUCUUCUCUUUUUAAAAAAGUAACCAUCAGUGAAGAAAUAAACUGGCUGUAUAGGCUUCACAACCUGAGUUCAGAUCUCCAGAGCCCACAGGAAAGCUAGGUGCAAUAGCACGAGCAUCUGCAAUCCUAGAAUGCCUACAUGAGACAGGAAGCAGCUAGGAGAAUGUCCAGAAGCUCAAGGUCAGCUAAUUUGGCUUAGGCAUUAGUAAA